AUCACACGUCGUCUGUCUAAUAUUUUGUGAGGACUGAAAACUGAAGUCUUGUCUUGUUUGCAUUGUUGUGUUUACUUACUAAAAUUCCAUUUAGUCGAAAUUUAGAAAAAGUAUUGUUUUGGAAAUGACUUUCAUUAAAAGCUGGGAAGAUUUCGAAAAAGCAGCAGAGAAGCUGUAUUUGGCCAAUCCUAUGAAGGUACGCUACACAAUGAAGUACAGACACACUGAUGGAGCUCUGGUGCUGAAGUUUACAGAUGACGCUGUGUGUCUGCAGUACAAAACUGAGGUCCAACAGGAUAUGAAGAAGAUUGAUAGAUUUAUGAUUAAUCUGAUGAGACACAUGGUUUCCAGCGACAAAUAAAUUGUGACUGUUUGCUUGCAUUUAAAAGAA